GAAAUACUUCAAAAUGCAAACUCUUUUUGUAGCGCGAUCUGGCCUCCUAAGUACGACAAUGCUGCGGCAGGAAAAGAACAACGUUCGUCACAGUCACACGCGGCUGUAGUUCCAGACGGUGAGUAUAAUCCCCAGCCAACGUCGUCGCAAGGAUUAUUCCAUUUGCCACGCAGUGAACACGAGCAGUCGGCGCGGUCUACACAGGCCACCGCGGCAGAGCUCUUGUUUUUGUCUGCAGAAGCACUUGACAAACUAACUCAGGCGCGGGCACGCCGGUUUCGAAAACGCACGCUGUGGCGCAGACCGCACCUUCUUGCGAGGAAUGUGUCUGCCGUGGCGGAAGUUCUGUCAGCGCCUGUACGGUGGAAAACGAAUCAAACAGUGAAGGAGCCUGGUGUAGUAGCGUUGCAAUCGGAUCAUGAUCCUACGGCAUCUUCAAAAUCACCGCCAAAAAGUACUAGCUCCGCCGGACAAUUACAGAAGUUUCUAGAACGCUCACACC